AUGGCAGAUAUCGAGAAAGAGCCUGUCCAGGCCAGCGAGCCGGCAGUCGAACUCGGAACUACGACCGCCACGUCCAAGACCCAAAGGUUGCUAGCAUUUCUUAGUGAGGAGAAGAAUGACCCCAACAUCCUCGGCAAAGAACUCUUGCAAAAGGCCUUGGAGUUUGAUACGGAACAACUUGAGCGCGAUUCGAUCAAGGUUCGUCGGAAGCUGGACUUUAUUGUGAUACCCAUGAUGAUGACCACCUACAUGUUGAGCUUUUUGGACAAACAGACUCUGAACUACUCCAACGCAUAUGGUCUCCAAGCCGACACCCACAUGACGGGAGAUGACUACUCCUGGGUGGCUUCAGCCUUGUACUUUGGAUGGCUGUUCGGAGCAUAUCCCUGGAACAUCAUCCUGCAGCGAUACCCUAUCGGCAAACUGAUCGGUGGGAUGCUGUUCGUAUGGGGUAGUGUCUGCAUGCUGCAAGCUGCAGUGUUCAAUUUUGGUUCUUUCUUCACCGUGCGUUUCUUUCUGGGCUGGCUCGAAGGGGUGAUCUCCCCAGCAUUUGUACUUUUGACCUCGAUGCUUUGGACGCGUGAAGAACAGUCCUUCAGGACCUCUCUAUGGCUAUCUACGAAUGGGGUGUCCAGCAUCCUCGGGGCGCUCCUAGCCUAUGGAGCAGGGCAUGCUGAGAACCUCGCGGUGUCGAACUGGAAACUCAUUUACUUGAUUGUGGGAGCGAUGACGUUCAUUUGGGGGUUUGUCAUCAUCCUCUACCUCCCUGAUGGUCCUCACAACGCCAAAAUGCUCACCGAGUAUGAACGAAUGGUCGCUGUGUGGCGGGUGUCGAAGAAUCAAAUGGGCAUCAAAGAGCACAAAUUCAAUCGGGCACAGAUGAAAGAAGCCUUCCUUGAUGGACGCACAUAUCUCCUCCUCGCAAUGGGAGCAUGUACGGGCAUCCUGAAUGGCGGUGUCGCAAACUUCAUCUCCAGCCUGAUCAAGGGCUUCGGCUUCAACCCGUUAAGGACCAGCUUGCUACAGACGCCUGGUGGCGCGUUCGAAGUCAUCGGGUGCGUGGCCUUUGGUUGGCUAUCGACCAAGAAGAACAUGCUGGGAAUUUCCAUCAUCGUCUCCUCCCUACCCGGCAUCGCCGGUCUCAUCGGGCUCCUGACCAUCUCCAUCGACCACCGCUACGCGCUCGUAGCCUGCUGCUGGCUACAAAACGUGCUCGGCAGUCCACUGGUCCUCGGGUGGACGCUCCCUGGCGUGAACACCGCGGGCCACACCAAACGCGCGACCGUCAUCGGGCUCUUCUUUAUCGUCUACGCCGGCGGCAACAUCGCAGGCCCGCAUCUUUUCCUGCCCAGGGAAGCGCCGCGGUACUUCUCGGCCAUCUGGGGCCUGUUGGGCACGUACUGCGCGCUGAUUGCGCUGCAGGUGGUCUAUUCCGCUUGGGUGUUUUCCGACAACAAGAAAAGGGAUCGCAAGGGCUUGCAUGUCGAGCGCGCCGAGGAGGAGCUGCUCGAGGGCUUUGAGGACUUGACCGAUCUGCAGAAUAUUCAUUUCCGAUACAAGGUGUAG